AUGGCGCGGUCCCUGCCGCUGGACAAGCUGGCGCUGGUGCAGCGGCUGAAGCAGAAGGGGCACGUGGUGGCCGUGACCGGCGACGGCACGAACGACGCGCCGGCGCUCAAGGAGGCGGACGUGGGGCUAUCCAUGGGCGUGCAGGGCACGGAGGUGGCCAAGGAGAGCUCCGACAUCAUCAUCCUCAACGACAACUUCGACACGGUGGUGACGGCCACGCGGUGGGGGCGCUGCGUCUACAACAACAUCCAGAAGUUCAUCCAGUUCCAGCUCACCGUCAACGUGGCGGCGCUCGUCAUCAACUUCGUGUCCGCGAUCACCACGGGCAAGAUGCCGCUCACCACCGUGCAGCUCCUGUGGGUGAACCUGAUCAUGGACACCAUGGGAGCCCUGGCGCUCGCCACGGACACGCCCACCAAGGCGCUCAUGGACCGGCCGCCCAUCGGCCGCACGGCGCCGCUCAUCAGCAACGCCAUGUGGCGCAACCUCGCCGCGCAGGCGGCGUUCCAGAUCGCCGUGCUGCUGGCGCUCCAGUACCGGGGGCGGGACGUCUUCGGCACCGACGAGAAGGGUAACGGCACCAUGAUCUUCAACGCCUUCGUGCUGUGCCAGGUGUUCAACGAGUUCAACGCGCGGGAGAUCGAGAAGAAGAACGUGUUCGCCGGGGUGCUCAAGAACAGGAUGUUCCUCGUCAUCAUCGCCGUCACGCUCGUGCUGCAGGUGGUCAUGGUGGAGGUGCUCACCAGGUUCGCCGGAACCAAGAGGCUGGGGCUGGGGCAGUGGGGCGUCUGCCUCGCCAUCGCCGCCGUGUCGUGGCCCAUCGGCUGGGCCGUCAAGUUCAUCCCCGUGCCCGACCGGACUCUCCAUGACAUCCUCACGCGCCGGAAAUCCUCAUGAUUCGUGCAUUUCAUACCGCAGUGUUCAUAUUUUACAUAGCUUAGGUGAUUCUUUCAUACUGUGCAUUUGUUUAGUUCAGUAGUUAUUUGUCGAAUUGCAGUUUUCAUACUUCACAUAACCUAGGCGAUUCUUUCAUAAAUUGCUACUCAUUAUUUGUCGAAUCUUCUUAUAUAUACUUAAUACAAAUAUAUUUCUUUUAUUCAUCGGUAUUUCUCAAAUCCUCCAUUCAAACUGGCUACCGU